AUGGGUCGCCCGCCACAAGGCGCACACAUCAUCUGCCCCUGCGUUCUUCAAGCUGCCUGCUGCUGCUCCCGACAUGACUGCUGGCAAAAAGAAGAGCUGCCAGUUGCCGGCUCUCUGAUCUCUCUGAGCAACUACGAUGGAUCGUCGGCGCCCGCUGUCCAUAGUCCAAGCGUGCGUCGUCUGGUCGUCCAAGGUGACUCGUCCACGCGUACCCAACUGCCAUCCCCAAGCUGUCGUCACGCCUCGGCCCAAUUGCCGCUACCCUCCAGCGCUCUGUCCCAAGUCUCAAGUGUCGCCCAUCAAUGCUGGCCCACGCUUCCGCCGACGCCUACGCGCCAAUCGGUGGUAGCUGAGCACUGCAGUGACAGCUAUGAGGCUGGCCUCGGCCAAGGUACGACUAUGGCGAUCUAG